CUGCUGGCCAUCUGCUCUUCCACGAAUGGCUGCCCACCAAUGUGACGCUGCCGAUAUGUUUUGUCGAUAAGUUCGACCGUUGAUGACCAGGCUUGCCUCGUUAGCUGCUACCAUUAACAGCGGAGGAAGCCGCGCACUUAGCUGCUGCGUUUGCAAAGUGUCAGCGUCGUAGUUGUUCUGAAAGCACUCAUGGGUCUACGUGGGUCACUUGUUUGCAGGUAACCAGACGUAUUGGCUAGCUCGACGUGUGACUGGUAGUCAUCUGAAUUCGCGCUAGUUAGCUUUAGCUGUUAAACGGCAGCAAAGUCCCUCAACAUGUCUAAUCGGUUGACUGCAGAGCAGCAGCGAAAGAUUGAGGAGAACAGGCGCAGGGCUUUAGAAAGACGAGCCCAAAGACUUGGGCAGGCUGUCAAGCAGACCUCAGCAGGAUUCAACAGUACUUCAGUACAGAUACAGCCCUCUAAACAGAGCGUUGCUCCGGAUCCUGCUGCCCUCGCCCAUCACAGAGACACAUCUAGCCCAGCUUCUGCACCACAACGGUUUGUUCCAUUGCCCAGAAAAGAGUCACAGAGCUUCAACAACCAAACACAAGGUGCUCCAAAGCAUCAGCAGUUAUCAGAUAGUGGCAACCAAAUCAACCAGAGUCCGCUUUGUAACCCUGCUUCUUCAAGACAGACACAAGUUAUUGACCCACUUCCUCAGACAAGAAGUCAACAUGCGAGCAGCCCAAUCUUGUCUAGUGGAGGAGGCGUUGGUGUGAACCCAGCUCAGCCCAAACCUAACCUCACCUCCAGCAGCUCUGGUGGUGCAGUUGGCUCAUUCUACACGCAAGCGACUAGUAAACCUGCCAGAAGUCCUGUGGCACAGCUUCCCUCAAACUCCUCAACUUUGAGUGCUGUACCUGCAAAAAAGCCUGCCAUCUCUGUGAGAGGAAAAUGUUUACCUCACACAGAGGACCGCUUCAGAGUAGAAGUGGGCUACCAUGCAGAGCUUAUUGCUGUUUUCAAAUCUAUCCCCUCCAAGACCUAUGACCCUGCCACAAAGAUGUGGAACUUCAGCCUGGAGGACUAUCAACAGCUAAUGGAGGAGGCAGCAUCUAUAACCUCUGUGUCUUUGAGGCCACUGGAGGGAAUGGAAGCAGUGGACGUUGCAGCAGCCACCAGCCGAGCUCGUGACGGUGCAGCGCUUGGGGCGCUGCUGAAGCUGUGUAAUGGCUGGCAGAAACCUGGAGCCAGUCUGCAGGGCCAAUGCAUCCUGGUGUCUCGGACAAAGUUCGAGGUUGACAUUGGUUAUAAUAUCGCUGUCAUUGCAGCAUUCAAGCAAAUGCCAACAAAGAACUAUGACAUGAAAACAAGAAAGUGGAGCUUUUCACUAGAGGAUUACAAGAGACUCAUGGAUCUCCUCAGUGGGAUAGCAGCAGUGGAGGUGGAGCCUCUGCCCAGGGCAGUAAUCCAGGCUUUCUCUGCCAGGUUUGACGGGACUGAAGCCAGGUCUGUAGACGUCCCUGAAGCAGACCUUUCCAGCAUCGACCCCUCGCUCACCCGCAGCCUUAUGCCCUUCCAGAAGGAGGGAGUCAAUUUUGCAGUGUUUAAACAAGGCCGCCUUCUCCUGGCUGAUGAUAUGGGCCUGGGAAAGACAGUUCAGGCCAUUUGCAUAGCAGCCUACUACAGGAAUGAAUGGCCCUUACUGGUGGUGGCUCCCUCCUCUGUGCGAUUCACCUGGGCUGAGGCCUUCAGACGCUGGCUCCCCUCGCUGAGUCCUGACAGGAUCAAUGUGGUGGUGAAGGCCAAGGACAAUCUGCGGUCUGGUUUGGUCAACAUCAUCAGCUACGACCUGCUCAGCAGGAUGGACAAACAGCAGCCAGGAAACCCUUUCAGUGUUCUCAUCAUGGAUGAGUCCCAUUUUCUGAAGAACAUAAAGACUGCUCGUUGUAAAGCAGCAUUGCCCCUGCUGAAGGCAGCAAAGAGAGUUAUUCUUCUGUCUGGAACCCCUGCCAUGUCUAGACCCUCUGAGCUCUACACCCAGAUUCUGGCCGUCAGACCUGCACUCUUCCCUCGCUUCCACGAGUUCGGGAUCCGGUACUGCGAUGCCAAACAGAUGACUUGGGGCUGGGACUACUCAGGCUCUUCUAAUCUUGGGGAGUUGAAGCUGUUGCUGGAGGAAUGUCUAAUGUUGCGCCGUCUCAAGUCUGACGUCUUGUCCCAGCUUCCUGCUAAACAGCGGAAGGUUGUCACGGUGACUAUAGAUGGAAUCAACACCCGCACAAAAGCCGCUCUGUCAGCUGCUGCCAAGAAGUUGGCCAAGGGACACCGCAAUAAAACAGAAGAGAAGGAAGCCCUCCUCAUCUUUUAUAACCACACAGCUGAGGCCAAGCUACAAGCUAUCACUGAGUACAUCACAGACAUGCUGGAGUGUGGGAGGGAGAAGUUUCUAGUGUUCGCCCAUCAUAAGCUAGUUCUGGAUCAUAUCACCACCGAACUGGGGAAAAAGAAUGUCUGUUUCAUCCGUAUUGACGGGACCACCCCAUCAGCUGAGCGACAGCAGCUGUGUGAGAAGUUUCAGUACUCGACCAAGACCUGUGUGGCUGUACUGUCCAUCACUGCAGCUAACAUGGGUCUGACCCUGCACUCUGCAGACCUGGUGAUCUUUGCUGAGCUGUUCUGGAACCCCGGCGUUCUCAUUCAGGCAGAGGAUAGGGUGCACCGUAUUGGACAAACCAGCAAUGUUAACAUUCACUACCUGGUUGCCAGGGGAACAGCUGAUGAUCACCUGUGGCCAAUGAUCCAGGAUAAAAUGAAUGUCUUGGAACAAGUGGGUCUGUCUGAGUCAAACCUCUCAGACAAUGCAGUGAAUGCCAGCUUCCACUCUAAGGACCCUAACCAGAGGAGCAUCAUGGAGAUGUUCCAGAGAUCUUUCACAGCGGAUGACAACAUAGAUGAAGCCAUAUUACUGGAGGCCGCAAACGACUGGGAGGACACUCCACCUGAAAACAGUUCUGGUCAGCACCACGGCAUGGUCGGACGGAGCCCCAGCAGAAAGAGCAUCAAAGACUAUUUCAGCAGAUGACUUGGAAAAUUUUACUUUGGCAAAUUAUUUUAACAUCAUUUUGUUUUUCUUAUUGGAAGAAAUCCUAUUUCAAACUUUUCAGCCUAUCAUGACUGAUGUGAACUUGUUCUGUUUUUUAAAGAUUGACAAAUGCUUUAAAUGUUUGAGUUUUUUUGCUAAUAGGGGAAAAUAAAUAAAUGUGACUCAA